CAGGAGCCAACGGUUUUGGGGUUGCCGCAUCACCGCGCGCUCCGUCGCGCCGGCGCAGCUGAAGGGAAGAAGGAGGCCGCGGAGUAAGGGAAAAUCGAGUGGAAUAUGGCUAGAGAAAAGUGCUUGAAAAAGUCAUUUAAGGAUAGCCUCGAAGAUAUAAAAGAAAGAAUGAAAGAGAAGAGAAAUCAAAAAUGGGCAAAAUUGGGCAAAUCAAACCAAGUCUUAACUGUCAAGGGUAAAAUUGCAGACAACUCUUCUGCACAGCUGAAAAGCUUUCAAGCAAACAAUCAAGCAUUAGCCUUGGCUUUAGAAGAAGAGAAGCACAAAAUGAAGGAAGCUCAAGAUAUUAUCCUGCAUUUGAAGAAAGAAUAUCAGUGUUUGAAAUUUCAGAUGUUUGCCUUGCAAAGAAAGCUGGAGUCGCAACAAGGAAAAGAACAUGUGGAGACUAGAUUAGUGGCUUUGAAGAAGAUUAUUUCUAAAGUUGUUCAAGACCUACUUAGUGCAACAAAUCUUCUUGGUCCAGCAAAGGAUGUAUGUACCAUAGGUUGUAAUCAGAUACUAUGUGCCUCGGAUAUUGCAAAGGGUGUGUCCAGUAGUUUGAAGAACCAAGAUUCUGAGGCUCUUCUAAGGCAUGCCCUUGCUAUGGAUGUAAGUAAACAAGAUAAUAUAUUGAGAACCAAAAUGCAGGGUAACAUGGAUAAAAAUUACUUAGAUUUUCUAUCUGAUCCUCAGCUGAGUAUUGAAAAUACAUCUCCAGCCAUAACAUCACAAGCAGAUACAGCUCGGCAAGCUAGUUCUUGUGAAGAUUACCAAGACUGUGAGACCACAAAUAUUUCUUCAAAAGAAGAGGAUAGACAUGCUGAUAAUUCCUUAUCAAAAAAUGUAUCUACCCGUCGUCGCUAUUUGAGGAUCAAACCCCAGAAUGAAAUGUGUUUCACUGAUGACAUUCCUCGAAUAACUACACCAAUAAAUAAUCUUUGUCAGCUAGACAAAAAUGAGCCUGAGACAGGUUUAGAGGAAAAUAAUGAACAAAGCGUGGGACAGUUGCAUGUGUUGACUGAUUCAAACACUGUGAUGGCAGCCCCAAAGCAAGCUAAUUUUAAUUCUAUUGGAAGUUCUAAAACACAAAAAGGGAGAAGUCAGAAGAAAAAACUGGAAACGAUGAAAAAUCUGACCAGGACAAGAUCCAAAAAAGAUAGAAGCUGUAGUAAACAGCAGUGUUCCAAAGAAAAAACAGGGACAUCAGUUGGUUCCAGUGAUGCUUAUGACUUUAGUUUUGAGGAGAGUGUUCAUAUUACACCUUUCCGACAAAACAAAGAAAAUGAAAAAAACACUGAGAAAAAUUAUGUAGAAGCAGAAACAUCAUCCACUUCAGAAGAGGACUCUGAUGAUAGUCUUUAUGAGCCUUACAACAAAAAAUCAAAAUCCAGAAAAAAAGAAAGCUGUGCAACUGACGUAAGUCCAGUACACUCAAGACCACAAUUGAAGAAGACUGUGCAUGAGCAGCAUGAGAAAAAUUAUGUAGAAGGAACAGAAACAUCAUCCACUUCAGAAGAGGACUCUGAUGGUAGUCUUUAUGAGCCUUACAACAAAAAAUCAAAAUCCAGGAAAGAAAGCUGUGCAACUGACGUAAGUCCAGUACACACAAGACCACAAUUGAAGAAGACUGUGCAUGAGCAACAUGAUAAAAAUACUGAGGAGAAAAACAGGAAUACUAAAAAAUCAGAGAAUUCUUUGAAUAAAAAAACUGUUACAGAUAGAGCAUGUGAAACUCUUCAAAAACAUCGUCUCCUUCUUGGUGAUAUUACCAACCUUGAAUCUUCAUCAUCUAGCCAAACUAGAUUUUCUCACCCGCCCAUCAGUACGGAAAUAGAAGACAUUUCUCUCCACAAACGUAGAUGUACUGUUUCUGUGAGCUAUAAGGAACCAACUAUCAGUGGGAAGCUCAGAAGAGGAGACCCUUUUACAGACACUGGUUUUCUGAAUUCUCCCAUUUUUAAAGAGAAAAAGAGCAAGCGUAGUUCUGUUAAAAAGAAAUCGCUGUCCAGAUACAACGAGGCAUUUGUUGGUUGUCUUUAAGAACCUUCAUAUGAAGCAAAACCUGACUUUUCAGUUUCAGUAUUCUUAUGCUAUAAAGUGUACUAGCCAGAAUACUGUUGCUAAGAAUUUGUAAGUAUAUAUUUGUACAUAUAACUGUUUUACUUAUGGUUUAGAGUGGGCUUUUACGUAGAACACAGGAAUGUUUUGUUUUGAAAUGUAGGUUUUAUUAAAUGCUUAGUGUCAAAUGUAGAUCAUUUUAGCAGUACAGCCUUUGAUUACAAGCACAAUU